AGGCCAACUCUGAGACGAUAUAACAGCUCUUUGGACGCGUUACCAGACUGCGAAGAGCAUGGUGAGAAACUCAAGCUUUAUUGCAACGAAUGCAAAGUGGUUUGUUGUACUUUCUGUGAAAUCGAAGGCAGCCACAAAGAUCACAAAACUCUCCAUAUUCACGAAGCCGAAGACCUCGACAAGAGAGGUCUGUGUCGUUUGCAGCAAAAAGUUGACGAAUAUGGCGAGAAAUAUAUAAAAUCUCGUAGCGACGUUCAAAAAUCUAUUGAGGAAACGAAACGAAACGAUAUUCGAGUUCAGGAUCUUGUUAGAAGGUAUUUUCGUGAGCUGAAGACGUCGAUUGAUCAUGGAGAGAAAAUCAUCUUGGAGGAAAUUGAUAAGCGAAAUAAAGCCACUUUAAGAUCGCUUAACGAACAAUUGAGUUCAAUGAUCGAGAUUUCAAGCCGUGCAAAAACCGCCAGUCGAAAAUGUGACGAAAUUUUAAGUCUGGACUACUUUGGCUUGAUGGACGCCAAAAAAGACGUUGAAAAUGACGUCAAAAAUGUCCUUAAGAUGGAAUGUAAGACUGUACCAUGUGUUUCUUCCAAACUUCUCUGUCAGUUUCCAAAACACGAAACAUUACUCAACGAACUAAGAACUUGUGCAAAAAUUGUUGCAGUUCCAGACGCACCAGUCCAGUUGAGUUGUAAACUAAUUGAGCCAACUGUCAUAUCUGUCCAGUGGAGUCCACCUUCGGCGAGACCGUUCAUCUAUCCAGUACAGGAGUACCUUUUACAGAGUGAUACAGGUGGAGAAAAUGGAUAUAUAGAUUUGCAUAAAGGCAGCUCAACAAGUGUUUCAGUCAACACACAAGAUGGCAGUAUUUUGGGUGAUGUGAAAUGCAAACCAGACAUGCAAAUGAAUCAACUGCAAAAUCGCGUACAAUUUCGAGUCGCCGCUAUCAACAUUGUUGGACAGAGUCAUUGGAGUUCUCCAUUUGCCAUUCGAGUGCCUGGGCAAUGAUCGCAAAAUAUAGAACUGGAGUUUUGUUUUGCAUAUUGGAUUCUUUAAUAAGAAUUAAAAUUUUUUAU